AUGGCUGAAGCGCUUCGUAUGUUCGAUAGUAGCGAAGAAGAAGAAGAUUUCGAGGGCUUUUUGAUUGACGAAACGGUUGAAGAGACACGGCCAAUCGCAGCGGGAACAUCGGCGAUUACGUGGCGAGAAAUAGCGGGCGAGUCAGACGAAGAAGAAGAAGAUUUUUUCGGUUUUUCGGACAUCGAAGUAGAAGAGAUUGAAAGCGAGAGCGAGAGUGAUAGUGAGAUAAGUAGCGACGAUUUUAUUGAUAUUUUUGAAUGGAAAGAUAGUUUAAGUAGUGUAAAUGUUGAAGACUUCACUGCCGACUUUGGUCCUUGUCAUGGGUUGGGUCAAGAUGCUACCCCUAAAGACUUUUUCGACUUGUUUUUCGGUGAUGAAUUUCUUGACCAUGUUGUGCAUGCUACUAUUUCCUAUGCUCGUUCAAAAGGUGACCAAAAUUUUUCGACCGACCGCGAUGAGAUGUCUGCAUUUUUUGGAUUGAACAUUUUAAUUGGCAUCAACCGCCUACCCAGAAUCAGUCUCUACUGGGAUUCAGAUAUAUUUUUGGGAAAUCCUGGCUUCAAAACUACAAUCCCUUUGAGACGGUUUUGGAUUUUGAAAAAGUAUUUUCACAUUUCGGACCCGCGGCAAGAAAACGCAACCGAUAAACUUACAAAAAUUCGGCCUCUGAUUUCAAAGCUCGAAAACGCUUUUCAAAAUGCUUAUGUACCAGGAAAAAAUAUUUCGAUUGACGAAGGUUUGGUGAAAUUCAAUGGUCGUUUAUCUUUCAAGCAAUAUAUGCCUAAAAAGCCAAACAAAUUCGGUAUUAAAGUUUGGAUGUUAGCCGAUUCGGAUACCUACUACGUGCCGCGUUUUCAAGUUUACUUAGGUAAACAACAAAAUGACAACGAAAAUGAUGCAGAAAAGGCGCAAGCAUUUGUUGGAAAACAAAACUUACGCAUGCUCGACCUUGCGCCACAACAGGAAGAACUUUCCUGUCGAUUUUAA